AUGACUGGCUGUGGCAAGACUUACUUCAUCACCGGACUGAAGGAGGACCCUUCCGCCAAGCCAGCCCAGCCAGACGGAGAUGCGGAAACAUCGACUGAUAAUCCUGUGGAGCUCGUAAGCAGGACGGAGAGUAAGGAGGAAGACACAAGCGAGAAGGGAGAGGGGCCAGGAGACGAGGCCGCCCGUGGCUCCUCCCCUAACGGUAACCAGAGCAGCAAGCCACUGCUAGGGGAAAGCAAGACGGAUUCUCGGCAGAACAGCCCUGUGUGGAAACGCAACUCUCCGGGGUCUCGCAAGCCAACCAAUCCUGAUGCCUUGGCACAUCUCCAGAUUCCUAGCCAUGUCAAAGGAGAGAACGGAGGUUUGGGGCCAAGCAGGACUCCCUCCGUCCGGGACCUCAUCGCAGAGCACUCAGCCGACGGCACUCCUCUGCCUCUCAACAUCUCCCUCCACAACAACCCCCAGAGCAACACCGACCAGGACUUUGUGGACUGCAUCAAGCAGGAAGGAACCACCGACUACUUCCACAAGCCUCCUAUCAACAACCUAACUCUGACUUUCUACAACAGGAGUAUAGAGGCGCUAUACCGGGCCCAGUUCCGGCAGGACACUUCCAAGGAGCCCAGGAAUCCUGAGGCUGGCCGCAAAAACCGGCGUCACUCGUCGGAGACCAUCUCCACGGCCAAGUACAACACUGUGUUUGACGUGGUGAUCUCGUUUGUAGUGUAUCUGCUGAUUUCAAUUGGCAGCUUCUUAGUGUUCCAAGUACAGGUCCACUGGUUGAUUAUUUUCCCCAUUGCUGCUGUCCUGCAGCUGUUGGUGCUGUCCGCAGUGCUGCUGCAGGCUUUCAGCAAGCAGCGGUCAGGCUUUUACAUGGCCCUGUCUGGCUUCUUCCACCACUGGGGUCCCAGGCACAUCCUAGGUGCCAUCCUGAUCAGUCUGCCCGUUCUUGCAGUCUACGCCAACUUCCUUUGCCAGUCAGAUAUAAGUGUCUACACCAUGCAGUUCUUUUGCUUUCUUGUCGUGGUGGCCCUACUCCACUUCUGCAACUUUGUCCAGCUGAGCUCCUGGAUGAAGACCAUCCUGGCAUUAAUGUGUGCUGUCGUCAUGCUUGUGCUGUUCAUCAUCAACCCGUGUCACCAGGAGGAACGGCCGACCGUGAUCCCGGCUUCCAACAACUCGCUCAACGACUCUCAGGGGUUUGUCGGAUACACGGAACUCCCCGACGCAAGCAAGUGCACCUUUGAGACAAACCUGAACAUGGAGGUCAUCAUUGACAUCUUCCUGCUGCUGAUUCUGGUCCUGUUCCUGAACCGAGAGUUUGAAAUCUCCUACCGGCUAAACUUCUACGGUGGGGUAGAGGCAGGGCAGGACAAGGAAAAGAUGCAAACGGAGAAGGAAGAGGCAGAAGCCCUGCUGCAUCACAUCAUCCCCGUCUUUGUCACUGAGCAGAUGCGUAGCGACUCCAAGUUCUCCCAGAACCACGACAACGUGGCCGUCAUCUUCUGCAGCAUCGUCAACUUCAUUGACUUCUAUGAGGAGGCCUACCAGGAUGGCAUCCAGUGCAUCCGCGUCUUGCAUGAACUCAUCAGUGACUUUGACAACCUCUUGUGUGACUUUGACCACCUCUUGGGUGAGAAGAACUUCCAAUCGGUCGAGAAAAUCAAGACCAUUGGGCCCACGUACAUGGCGGCUUGUGGCCUGCAUCCUCCCUCGGCCGAGGAUGACGGCAACCCUUCCAAAUGCCUGAUCACCAUGAUAGAGUUUGCUACAGAGAUGAUCAAGCAGGUGAAAGUCUUCAAUGACGAGAUCCUUAGCAUCACAAGCGGGGCCUUUGAGUUCAUCCCCCGCAUUGGUUACAACCACGGACGGCUCACGUCAGGUGUCAUCGGCACCACCAAACUCUUGUACGACAUCUGGGGAGAUACAGUCAAUGUCGCAAGCCGGAUGGACUCCACAGGCCUGGCCGGCCACAUCCAAGUCACUGAACACUCCAAAAAGGCCCUGGAGCCCUACUAUAUAUUCGAAUAUCGCGGCCCCGUCAAAGUCCGAGGCAAGGGGGACAUGACAACAUAUCUUUUAAAAGGAAAACGCGACGCCCCUUUGUUAAUAGGAGAGUGUAACUCAGUACCUGCUAGUCCCAAUGGUCCCAGCACUCCAAGUAGAGAGGCAUAGCAUUUUACAGUUUUUCAUCUGACUUUCAGCAAAGUAGUUUUAGCAUUUGUAGUAUUUAGAUUAGUGGACUUACCAGUUUUGAUAUAGAAUUAGUGAGAUUUGGGAGACAACUUCACAUGCAUUUUAGAAAAUUAGACAUAAUUUUCUCCUGAGCUCUUAGAAUUUUCUCCUGAGCUCUCCUUGUCAUCUUGUGUCCUAGUUUAAAUGUUCGGCUUCCAGAAUACCAAUAGCUGUACCUUAAAAACAAGAAUUGGGCUUGAUAAUCUGUAAAAUGCCUAGGUUUGGAGAUUUUCUAAAAAUGAAGGUCAAGGGAUAACUUAGACUGGAGACCUUACCUUGUGGAAUGAGGAGAGACAAUGGCUUAGCUGUUUUAGAGAUGUUGUCGGUUGUUUAAUAUGCUUCCGUUGCUUUGAUAGGCCAAAAACACAAGCUGCCAUAGUCACGACAUGCAGAACCUAUGUGUAGGCAGGUAAUAGACUGUUAUCUUGUUGCGGUCAUCUUGAUUUUUUUUUCCAUUCAAAUCAAUGUAACCAAAGCGAGACUGGAAGGAAAAAUAGUCUGGUUCCUUUUUGCACAAAAACCAUUAUCAGUCAGUGCUGUUAUUGGAUACAGGGAACAUGACUGAAAUGGUGGCAGCAUGAUAAAGGUCUAUUGAUUCGUUCCCAUGACAGGAGUCAUCAAACCAGAAACAACGCUUUGAAGUGUUUGCUGUUAUCUAACAUGCAUCCAAAUAAUGUAGGAUACUUCUUGCAAAUGGGAAUGCGGAGCGAAUUUUGACAUCACAAAACACUUGCAGCAAAUUUUGAUGGAAUUGAAAUGUUUUCAACCAUGAUGAACUCGCGUAUGUCUGCACGGUGUACAUGUAUGAGCUGGCCUACAGACAGUGACCAGAUCAGGGCGCUACAGCUUGUCUGUAAAACAGCUCACAAAUCCCUGCUUCCAUUUAUAAUUCCAAAACUGGUCCUUGUUGGAAAAUAUUUCAGAAAUCCUUUAUUGACAACUUUUUGCUUGGUCGUUAAUUCUUCAUUUAAGAACAUGUACUUGUAGGGGUCAUUCAGAAGUUGUCAGAAUGUGGAGUGGCCAGUUUGGGAAAUCUUUUGUCUUCUAGUAACUUUUUUUGCAUGCAAAGGUUCCACAUAAUUUGCACGGAUCAGGUAAUUAAUUUCAACCAUGAAAAUCAACCAUUAAUCUUCCAUGUUUUACUUUGCCAAAUUCAUCGCCAAAGACAGCUAGAGUUUUUCAUUUAUUGAGUUUGUUCUCAUAUUAUUAACGAGCUUCCAAAUUUUCUUUAGCAGCAAGUACACGUCCUAGGAUCACACUGUAGUUGACACACAUCAACCGGUCUUCGCAGAGUUCGCGGCUUGUCUGCCAUGGCAACAGCGACCCUAGUAGGUUCGGUGACUGGUGACCACGAUUCCCACUGCAUUAUGCUUAAAGAAGUCCAGGCACCGGACAUUAUUGUGUGGUUCCUAAUAGCUUACUACUGACAAAGCCUGCUAAGGAGAGGACAUGGACACUGCAUCAUGUGGAAGACUCGCCAGUGAGGGCGCUUUACUGCAUGCGAGGUCUAUAGAGCCCUUGUUUGAGCCCGUCUUUGACUGAGGUGAUGUCUGUCGAUAGAAGCAUGUAAAGGUUGUGUGAUGAGGCACCCGAUGACUCUUGGUUCAGUAUAUUGCUGUAUUCUGUAAACCACCAACGCUCUGUACAUUUCCAAAAACUAGACACAAGAGUACUUCAAAAAAUUGUUCAUGGUCUAACUAAACGUGUUUCCUGUCCGUUGACUAGUGUGUGUAUAUAAGUGUACAUACAUAUUGCAGAACUGUAGGGAUGAUCAUGGUUUUAGUGGUAUGCAAUGUGUUUUUAAGGCAUGUCUUGAAGUUUGGCAUAAGGACAAAAAUAUAAAAAAAAAUUGUAUUCAGACAUUAAAUUAUUUUAAGUGCCUCUUUAUAUGCUUCUUAAGAUAUCAGUUGAUUCGUGGGGGUAGAUUUUUAUUGAUGUGUGCUGUAAAUACGAUAUGAUUUGGGGGUUUUUUUUUUGAGGGGCAAUUUUACCUUUUGUGGAUAAAUUAACAGUGUUCCCAUCGUACAAAUAGUGAUCUUUAACUUGCCAGUUAAAACUUUCUCGUUGUAAAACAAUUGAAUAAUCAGUGACUAUUUUGGGAGCAGUGUCGUCAACAUGUACAUUUUGGUUCUAGGUAUAUUUGUCACUAGAUUGUCCGGACGAGCGUGACGUCUCAUUUGCAGUGGGGUUGAUCAACAUGUGAUGGCCAUAACUCAGACGAUCUUUACACGUGUGAUAAAAGCAAACGUGAUCCAGGGAGUAAAGAGACCCUCAAUUCUAGAUUGGUUCCUGCCCCUUGCCUGUUAAACUCUGAGCUCUAUUAUGAUGGGAAGACUGGGUACCAGCCUGCUUGGCUGUCAUUGCAAAUUUGUGUAAAAUGCCUAAGGCCAUGUUCCAAUUAUGGCUACGGCUUAAAAUAAAUUACACACGAGUCAAUGGUGAAUGGCUGCAGCCGCUGCCAUAGGCUCGUGUGUUUUUUCAAGCCGUAGCAAAGUAAUUCGGAGGCGGCAUUAGCUUCAUGGGCAUUGAAAGAUGGAACACAAUGUGGAUGAUUCCCAAGUUUUUCCACAAGGCACUACUUUGUCAGUCCCUAGGACUAUUGACCAGGACCUCCCUCCUGCCCACCCCCUCCCCACCCCCUCCCCACCCCCUCCCCAUUCCCCUCGCCCCCGGUUUGCCCCAUCUACCCACUGGUGUCAUAUCUUGUAUUCUGUCUUUGGCAGUCAAUUCAAACUCAAAACAAGCGUCAUGAAAAAAAAAAGUUGAUCAUAAAAUCACCCAGAUAUUUAGCAGGCAUGGCUCUAUACUUCGUGGGAGUUAAAAAGGAAUUAGCUAGGCUUGGUACUUGAAAAAAAAUGGCAAAUAUUUGAGGGAAAAAAAGGCAUUUUAGCUAGGUCAAAUGAAAUAAAACACAUCUCCCCCCCCCCCCCCCCCGAAAAGAAAUUAAAAAUAUAUAUAUUUAAACAAAUUUCUAAGAAGAUGCCUGGGUAGGUCUCUCUGGCUUAAGAUAUUGUGAAAUUUUAGUGGGAAGGUGACAAUACAGAAUCUUUAAAUAACAGGUUUAGUGUUUGACAUUGUCGGCCAAAGUUACUGUAUAGUAUUCCCAUUGUAAACUGUACAUAGAGGUGUGCAUUGAUUUCAAGAGGUGUAGCUUUUUUUUAUAGGGCAAUAUAUAUUUAAAUUAAGAUAAAAAUGACUUUUUAUGAAUUGUAUCAUGAUUUUGUAUUAAUUGAAAGUUUGUCGUUGUGCGUGCUUCCAUUCUUUUCAUAUUUUGUUUCCAGCUAGCUGUACAGCAGUCAGAUAAACACUCACAAGGGCAAAUAGGUAUUUUGCGCAUAAUUAAUGUUUGAUCUUACACCACAUUCAAAUACCUACUUUGUCUUUUUGCAGGUUGCAGGCCAUGGACCCUUCCUGCCCAUUGACCAAUGACAUCACAGCAUUUGGUCAGGUGACCACCAUGGCCCGCUGAUCUCUAUAUGAAGACUGGAUAGCGUAUGCCCAUACACCGUACAUUUUGACCAGUUUGCCCCAGUCUUCCAAAACUGGCUGCUGCUAUACGAACAUUAUACAUGUACAUACAGUGUGCGUUGUGAGGCGCAUUUGUUCAGUACACGUAUUAUGAUGUUCUAAAAAGGACAAGUUUCCGUCUUGAUUAUAUUUCCAAACGUCGCAAAAAGUGAACUGCGGCAUUCAAAAAGUGAACCUCCACGUUUGACAAAUUGUGAACCAAAGUCAGUGGUGGUGGACAAAAGGUCGACGAGGUGAACCACGAUGUUACAAAAGUGAAUCAGUACUGGCUAUUACAGAUGGCUGCUUGUCCUUUUCAGAACACCAACCAGUCUCCCCAGUAUGGCUUCAAGUGGCUUUCUUCUGCGGUUCUCUGUACGCUAUCCAGUCUUUAUAUCGAGACCAGUGCCAUGGCCUGGUCAAUCUUGGUCACACGCACUGUGAGACAGGGACCCAAGUGGGUGGGGCUUAUUGUCAAAGCUGGAGGGGGUCUAUUGGCGGCAUCCAUUACCAUGGUUAUUUUUUUCCUUUCUUCCCAUGAACAAAACAGUGCAAACCAAAACUUUAAACAGGACAGCUGUUUUUUUGUAAUAUGCCCACACCAACAGAAAAACAAUUGGUCCGUGUUUGAUCUAUUCAAAAUCUGUUGCCAUGGUAACAAAAGUUUCCAAGAUGUGUUUACAAUGUGUUUAAUAUAAACCUGAGUUUUGAACAGCAAAGUGUCACACACUUAUGAAUGAACUAUUUAAAUUUAAUGGUAUUUUUCAAUCCUUAACAGCAAGUUAAUAUAUAUAUUCUCUAUUUGAUCUUUAAUUCAGUGCAACUGUGUAGAAACCUGUAUGAUGAUAAUCUUUAUCCGACUGAAGUAACUAAAAUAUUUUGGAAAAAAAAAAUAAAGUAUUAAAAGACUUGUCGUGACUUUUGUAUAAGUUAGAAUCAAAUUAUAUGUAUAUCUGGUGAUAUUAGCUGGGGGAAAUCAUGAGUGACACUAAAUUUGAGAUACUCUUACGGUGAAAUUCUAAUUGAAAAUGUUUUGAUGUUGAAUUCAAACAAAGUACUACUAACAACAAUGUUUUGUAUUGCCUAAAGAGUGGAGCAUGUACAAAUUAUUAAGUUGUCUUUUGCUGGAAAGGCCCAUUAUAGAGCUAAUCUUAGAAAUUGGAGUGACUUGUCGUUCAGAGACAAAACAAUUAAGAAAAAGGGAAAACAAACCGGCCAGUUAUGUGUUCAGAUUUAAAGUCAGCCUGUACAGACCAAGUAUAUUUAAAUGAGUAACAGUAAUACAGUCCAUGAUUGGCUAAGUAAAAUUUGUGAUGUCACUGAUGAAUAUUCAUACAAGGAACUUAUGCUGUAUGAUUGGCCCAAAAAAUAGAUAAUUAAGUCUUGAAUAUACAUAACAGCCCAGAAUCUUUAUAAUUCAUUCAUUUCUUAUUUUUACUGGAGCAUAAAAUUGCCCUAGCAUAUCUUAAUGCAAACUAAAAAAAUUAUAUAUCACCACAAUGUUUUCCUUAUUGUUAUCAGCCUGAAAUAAUGUUACCAAAAGUCAUGUCACCCAAAGAAUAUUUAGUGAUGGGUGUGUCAUAUCAAAUUGACAUGCAAAAUAAAAGUAGAUCCUGGUUUUCUUGAAAUGGUCUUUUUUUUUCUUACAUGACAUAACAACUUGAGUAAAAUUUUCACUGUGUUUGUUAUGGGUCACCUCCCCUGACGGCCAACAGAAGCAGUGAAACCAUGGAGGUAAUUCUACCUCCAUGGUGAAACAGUGGCUAAGGCUAUCUGCAUGGCUAUGGAUGAAGCUACAGCAAGCCAUUAAAAUUAGCCACAAGCCAUAGCUUUCUGAGCCGGGGCUAUCUUAGUGUUUUAGCAUUUUCCCCUCUGAUAUGGAAGCUAUAGACAGGCUAUCUUUAAGGUGUGAGGUUGCAAUUUUCUGCAACAAAAUAAUUUUACUAAUUAUAUUUACAAUUUUAUCUAAGAAAAAGGACAAGUGGGGACAGUUAUAGGUAAUGUAAAAACCAAAAUGCUUGGUUUAGUUUGUGCAGUGGGUAAAAAAGUGUUAUAGCACUGAAUGUCAUUAAAACAAAAAUGGAAAUUUAAAA